ACGCCCUCUGUUUCUAGUCGGACAUUUGAGGGACGGAAACUAAACAGCCACGUAGUAGAAGGCGAAGCUCGCAAAAAGUGUUGUCUAUGCUCAGAAGAGCUCCUGGACACUGACAUGCUCCCAGCUCGCCUGCCUUCAAAGAAGAUGGUUUUGUGACUGUUAGAUUCUCAGUGGAAGAGGACUCUAACCGUUCAGGGGCAGCUCAGAUGGAGGCCAAUGCUUUUCAAGAAGACCAUGUUAAAAAAUCCAAAGAGGCUCCAGCUCAUGUUGUGGAGAACACACCAAACACAAAAGGGGAUAUUCACAAUGGUCCUGUCAGCGCGGAUGUGAUGCCAAAUGGAAACAAGCUUGUACAGGGCUUUGGUGCUGCAGGGGACACCCUUAUAAAUGGGUCCCUGCCUCCGACAGCUCCUCCUCAGAGCACCAGCUCCCCUGUCAACACACAGACCCAAGAGCCGUCCCCAGGUGUGGCUGCUUAUCAACCCAUGAUGCUAGAGAACUCUGAGGGGGAUAGUGCUGAGGUCACGGUUCACAAGGGUGAUUCAUUGCAGUCACUCAGACUCAGUAUGCCUAUGCAGGAGACUGAACUGUCCAACCAGAAGCCAUCACUGGAGAUGGAAAAUGAGGAGAAGAUUCGCCUGGAGGCUCGCCGGCGUCUGGAGGAGCAACUCAAACAAUACAGAGUGCAGAGACAUAAGGAGAGAUCUCAUCGCACCACCACCAAGAACAGACCAUUCAGUACCUUGGAUCCAGAACUGAUGCUACAUCCGGAAGCACUACCCCGGGCCAGUACUCAAGCCAUGACCAAGGAGUAUUCAUUCCUGAGGACCAGUGUCCCUCGUGGUCCUAAGCUGGGUAGCUUGGGAAUUCCCCCUUCAAAGGAGAGGAAGUCAAGGUCACCUCGACCCAGUAAGAUCCACUCCUUAGCUGACUACAAGUCUCCUGAGAAUGAUGGUGGAGGAGGGGGUGGUGUAACAACAUCAGAUAACACCACAGGGAUCCUCCGGUCCUCAAUUAGCUCUGUGUCCACGCUGUCUGAGGUCAGCGUCAUGUCAGAGUUAAGUACCUGUGAUACAGAGUCACAGGCCGGUUCUUCAGUCCAAGUUGGGGACAAUGUGUCAGAAAUCGAUGGCAGUGAAUCAGGAGCAAGGCCAGGAAACGAUGGCAAUGACAGUGACAGCUCUUCUUACAGCAGCGUAUCUGCCAGGGGGACCUACGGCAUGCUUUCUGCAGCGGUGGAAAGGCAGCGUGGGCCGUAUACAGUGGACGGGAGGGAGAUUGCCCCUGAAGCCAUGGGUCAGUUCCCCUCCCUGCAGGAGGUGCUACAGGCAGCUAGUGAAGAGCAGCAGCUGCUGGAGCUGGAGCAGGAGAGAGAGGGGAUGGGGGAGCCUCGCAGCCGCAGGGACAGUUUCUCCAGCAGUGUUUCUUUGGAGAGUUCUGUCAUGGGGCACGAUGAAAUGCUUCAAGUCAUGAAAGAGAAAAUGAGACUUGAGGGCCAGCUGGAAUCCUUAUCAUCCGAGGCCGGUCAGGCUCUUAAAGAGAAGACAGAGCUUCAAGCCCAGCUUGCUACAGUGAAUGCUCAGCUGCAGGCUAAAAGGGAAGAGGCCCAAGUCAGCCAGGAGAAGCAGAGCGCCCUCACUGCGGAGGUUGGCACACUGCGACAGAACUGCGGCCAGCUAGAGAAGGCCAUGGUGGAGCUUCAGGGCAGUCUGGAGAGCAAGAAUGCCAGUCUGGCUUCUCUAAGCAAUGACCUGAAAGUUGCUGAAGACCAAUACAACAGGCUGAUGGGAAAGGUGGAGGAAAUGCAAAGCACUGUAACCUCAAGGGACAAUACAGUUCAGGAGUUGCGUCACCAGAUGGGUGGACUUCAGAGUCAGCUCCAACAGGUGCAGUUGGAGCGCAGCACCCUGCAAAGCCGACUAAAGACAUCCCAGGCGGAGAUUGACUCGCUCCAGCAGGUCAGACAGUGGUACCAGCAGCAGCUAGCAAUCGCCCAGGAGGCAAGAGUAAGGCUGCAAAGUGAGAUGGCCAACAUGCAGGCUGGACAGAUGACUCAGAUAGGUGUUAUGGAACAUCUGAAGUUGGAAAACGUGACACUGUCUCAUCAACUCACGGAGACCCAACAUCGCUCCAUCAAAGAAAAAGAGCGUAUUGCUGUUCAACUGCAGAGUAUUGAGGCUGACAUGCUGACCCAAGAAGCAGCUUACAAGCAGAUCCAGGAUGCAAAGACCAUGGUGGAAGACGACCUGCAGCACAAACUGGACGAGUUUGAGGAAGAGCGAGAUCGCUUAAUAAAACUGGCCAACACAGCCAGCACCUUGGAACGAGAACUAGAGCAGGUAAAGCUGACCCUUUCCCAGAAGGACGUGCAGCUGCAGUCACUUCAGAAAGAGCACCUGGAGCUAAUGCGACAGCUGACAACCACUCAGGAGAACCUACACACCAAAGAGCAGUCCAUCAACCAGCUUGAGGCACGUUACCUGGAGCUGGAAGCUCAGCUGUCCGAGCUGCAGACAGAAAGCAGCGCCAAGGAUGACAACAUUCAGUUCCUCCAGAAUGAGAAAAUUGUUCUGGAGGUAGCGCUGCAGGCAGCCCGGGCUGACAAAAGCCAACUUGAUGAGGGUGCUGAGCGCCUCGGGGAGGAUGUUCUGGUGGCCUCAGAUGUCUUGGAUCAGCUCAGACAGGAAGUACAAGUCAAAACCAACCAGAUUGAAACUCUACAACAAGAAAAUAAUACCCUGAAGAAACAAGCAAAGAAACUAAAGGAACAGUUCCAGCAGCAAAAGGUGAUGGUGGAAGCAUACCGCCGAGAUGCCAGCUCCAAAGACCAGUUGAUCAGUGAGCUCAAGUCCACCAAAACACGUCUCUUGGCAGAGGUGAAGGACCUGAAGCAGGAGUUGUUGGACGUUCAGGGUGAGAAGCAGAAGGCAGAGCUGGAGCAGGCCCGGCUGCAGAAGGAGGUGGUGAGAGUCCAGGAGCAGAUGAAUAACAUGGAAGCCCAUCUGCAAGCUAUUCAGACAGAAAGGGAUCAGCUAGAAACCCAGAUCCAGUCUCUACAGUUCGAUCAGGGCCAGCUGACAGCAGCGACUCAAGAAAAUGAAAGUCUAAGGAAGCAGGUGGAGCAAAUGGAGGCUGAAGCCAAAAAGGCCAUCUCAGAGCAGAAGGUACGCAUGAAGAGGUUGGGAACAGAUUUGACCAGUGCACAGAAAGAUAUGAAGGCCAAACAUAAGGCCUAUGAGAAUGCUGUGGGCAUCUUGAGCAGGAGGCUUCAAGAGGCUCUGACAGAAAAAGAAACAACAGAGGCAGAACUGGUUAAACUCAAGGCCCAGAUAUCAGAUGGUGGAAACAACCAGGCCUUACAGGACAAGAUUGAGGCUUUGCAGGCUGAACUGCAAGCUGUGACCAAGAGCAAGACAAUGCUGGAGAAGGAGCUGCAGGAAGUGAUCACCCUCACCUCCACAGAGCUAGAGGAGUACCAGGAGAAAGUCAUGGAACUUGAGGAUGAGCUUCAAGAAUCACGCUGCUUCAAGAGGCGGAUCAGAAAAUUAGAAGAUGCCAACAAAAAGUUAGCACUUGAGCUGGAACAUGAAAAAGGGAAACUGGCAGGAUUGGCACAGUCCCACAAUGCACUGCGGGAGCAUGCCAACAUUUUGGAGUCUGCUUUAGCGAAGAGGGAGGCAGAUCUUGUCCAGCUCAACUCACAGGUUCAAGCUGUUCUGAAACGUAAAGAAGAGGAGGACCACCAGAUGAAGCAAGUGGUACAAAGUCUCCAGCUUGCUCUGGAAAAAGAAAAAACUAAAGUUAAGGACCUGAAAGACCAGGUGGCAGCAGCAAAAGCUGAAGCAGCCCACAAUAGACGACACUACAGGGCAGCCAUGCUGGAGCUGUCAGAGAUCAAGAAGGACUUGCAGUCCAAAGAGGACUUGGUCAAAGCUCUGCAGAAUGAAGCUCACAAACUACAGGCUCAGGAUGAGCAGCACACACAGGAGGUUUCCAAGUUCCAGGAGGAGCUAGCUGAGGCUCACUCCCAGCUCCAGAUUCUACAGAAGCAACUGGACGAGGAACUGGCCAAGCAGCCUCUCACUAACCAAGAGGUUGAGGACUUGAAGUGGGAGGUGGAGCAGAGGCAGAGAGAGAUUGAGGCUCAAAAGCAGCAGAUGGAGCUGAUGGAGCAGUGCCACCUCAGGGAGCUGGACAACCUACAAACAGCUCUGCAGAACAUCAAAGUGGAGCUGGAGUCAGUUCAGGAGGAACUGAGCGGCACCAGAAAGGACAAGUUUAUGCUUCAGGCCAAAGUGGGUGAGCUGAGAAACAGUAUGAAGACGGUUCUUCUGCAGAACCAGCAACUCAAACAGGACCUGAAACAAAGCCGCCUAAGGAAGCAGCGCAUGGAGCUGAAGAGUGAAGGGAACCCAUCAAACCCAGUGACACCAGUUAAGAUUCCAGAUUGCCCAGUGCCUGCCUCCCUGCUGGAUGAGUUGCUCAAACCGUCAACUUCUGUUAACAAGGAGCCACUCAACAACCUGCACAACUGUCUACGGCAGCUCAAGGAGGAGAUGGACAGCCUCCAAAGGCAGAUGGAGGAACACACAGUAACGGUGCAUGAGUCAAUGAGCUCAUGGACAAACACAGAAGAGGGACUGACUCAACCGGGACUUCAAAACAACGUCUCCAAAUCACCAACAGCUCUAAACAACAUAGAAAAUAAUGAAGCGGAACAGCAGCAAUCGUAACAAAAAUAACUUUUCUCAGGCCAACAGAGAGAGAGAGAGAGUGGAGUUCUAUCCACAAAGGCACCUUUUAGCUCCCUAUUCCCUUUCUCUUUCCUUAACAAUUGCUGCCAACAUUUGGCAUUUCUCCCAACAGCACAGAAGUGCUUUUGCAGAGUAAUACUUUAUAUACCAUAGCUUUAUUCUUUCCUCUUUAUUUGAUGGUUGUUUAUAUUUGCGUCACGCUUCGGUCACAUUUAUUUAUUUAGAUUUAUGGAAUUACAAUAUUUCAUUUGACAGCCUCUCCGAAAGGACACUACCCGUUUAGCUGCUCAGCUGUUGGGCCAGUUCUCCCUUAUCAAGUUAUUUGUUUUCCUCACAAAACAUCAUCCUCACGACAUUAAAUCUGUGGUUUCGGCGCCGCUUACAGAUGGCUAACAUUUUAUAAAGUGUUUCAAAAAUCCACGAGUUUGGCGGCAGACUCGUGGUAUGACAUGUUCUUCCAUUUUUCUGUGCCUGUGCCUGUGCAUGAGUAAAGUCGCUCACCUAUAAUUUAACUGAAAUGGUUACACAUCCAAAUGGCUUCUAAGCAGCUUGUGAUGAAACAUUAUCACCUCUGUACUUGAAGUUACCAGUCAUGGUUAGUGGUGGUCAAUUAUUUUGUAUUGAUUAAAUGCAGUGUUUCUUAUGUUUGCUGUAAUCGUAUCACCUUGGGUUCUUGACUGAUCUCAGUUAUGUUUGUCUAGCAUGGACUGCAGUAAUUUGUACGCAAAAAGGCCUUAAGUAAUGUUAAAUAUGGUGUUAAGGACUACGUUGAUUUGAUUUGAGUGUAUUUCUGCUGAGGGUGUGUGCAAGAUCUGUUAUGUUAUAUCGUAUAUUUGAGGAAAUCCUUACUGAAGGACUGUUAUUGUAAAAUGAGUUAACUGCAUCGACUGACAUUGCACACUAGAUGAACAAAACUGACAGAAAAGUGAAACUAAAAGUAAAAAAAAAAACAAUAACAAUGAGUGCAGUCAGAAAUAAUUAUUUUCAAUUGUUACAUUUGGUACAUACUGUAUUUGUUAAGAAAAAGAAGACUACCCCUGAAUGACAUGUUGUUGCUGUUGUUGAACUCUGUUUCAUGGAUAAAUAAGGGGUAAGUUAACUGUUUCCAGAGGUUAAUAUAUACAUACACUUCCUUUUUUAUGAUUGUAAAUUUGUCAUUAUUGUUUGAUAGUGUAAAGAAGGUGACAUACAUGAUAUCAAAUGAAAACCAGAUAUCAACUCAGAUAAUUAUUCUACAUUUACAGCUAUACUAAAAUUUGAGUGAAGAAGGGUUAUUGGAUUAUACAGUAGCUUUCUGCAUGCAACUUUGCUGCAGCUGCUGUCUCUGUGCUCAUUUUCACUUAGUUUUUUUUUAUUUAAAAACAAACAAACAAACAUGUAUGCUCAUGAAUUUCCAAAGGGAAAAAUAAAUAUUUUGAGGAGAAUGCAUAUUGAGUUAAGUAACCAAUGUUUUGAUUGACUGUGUUCUUUAAAAAUCAUUUUCACUGUAUACUAGCUUUCCUUAAACCUUGAUGAUUUUUUUUUUUUUCCAGAUUGGAAUUAAUUCAUUCCUGAUUUAAAAUUUGUGUUGGGAGAUGUGAUUGUAUUUAUCAUAAAAUUGCACUAUUCAACUGACA